UCGAGACUGCGAUGUAGAAGUAGACGGGCGCAGAUGCUGAGAGCAUCCUGUUUCUGUGUGUCACGAUGCCAACGAGACUACUUCUGCUGCUCUGUCUGACAGGACAUGUGUUUGCCAGAGAACCACCUGAUGUAGACUGUUUGGUGGUGCAUCUGAAAUAUGUCCACUGUUCCUGGAAUAAGCAGGGGACUCCAGAAGUCAAUUACACCUUCUACGGCUGGUUCCAGACUGAAAAAAGUAAAGAAGAUAUUGAGUGCCCCAACUAUUUGUCAGAGAACAAUAUGAACACUGGAUGUAACCAGCCCUAUAAGGACUCCCAGAGGUUCACCAUAUUUAACACCAAACUGGUGCAUGGCAAACAGACAUCUCCGGGGGAGCAUGAUCUUAAAACAAAAGUCAAGUUAAAUCCACCAACUAACUUGACAGUCAGGAAUGGAUCCGACUCCAACCUGUGGCUCAACUGGAGCCAGAUAAAGUUUAGUUGUGUGGAGAGUGAGGUUCGCUACAGGGUCAACAACAGGAAGUGGGCGAACUAUCAUGUCCGUAUUGGGGAGCAGAAUUACUGCGUCAACUUGCCCUCCAGCAGAUCCCAAUAUGAGCUGCAAGUGAGGAGCAGACUGGGGGAAGCCUGUGGACUGUCUUCUUUCUGGAGUAACUGGAGCGAGCCUGUGGUCUGGGGAUCCAACAACAGCACAUGUUCUGCACACUGCAGAACGGCUACUGAGGAAAAAGACACCAAGCAGAGGACCAGUUCGAUGUCCGUGUGGACCCCAGUGCUGUACGUGGUGGGUGCGUUCAUCCUCAUCCUUAUGGUCAUGAUGCUGCUGCACCACGAGAGAAUCAGAAUCAUCUUCAUCCCUGUGGUUCCCAAGCCGUCCCCCGACCUUCACAACAUCGAGGAUUGGUUUCAAUUCCCCAAAGGCCAGAAAGAGAGUUUUAACUACAAUGAGCGUCCCUGUCUUGUGCGUGAGUACUGCCAUGUCUCCCAGUCCGACAGCGAGGACUGCUCCGCCUUCAUCCCUGAGAACGAAUCGGACCUGUCCACCUCCUGCUCCUCCUCCGCCUCCACAGUCUCGGACAUGGUUUCUGUUUAGGAGAUCAGAAAAUGGGAAAAGAAUUUUUUGUUCCCCUCACGAGAAGAAACCAAAUAUCUGUUCUGAGGAACUUGAGCAUAGUUUUUAAAAAGAACUUGCCUUAAAAUGCCUAAUCAUAUUAGUUUAUUUUACCACAAAUAAGACUCUGAACCACUCAGUUCACUAUUUACAUAUCACUUUUCAUUAGCGAUACAUAGUUCAAAGGUUCCUCUUGAAAACGUGCUUCAGGGUAUAAAUUUAUAUCAAGUACUUGUCAAACACUUUGAGUUUCCUCUUUCUUCAUUAGUCUGUGCAUUUCACCUCAGAGGAGAACAAAUUGAAGUUCGCCUCAAAUAUCAGAACAAAUGUCAUUUAGAACUUCUACUUCCUCUAAACCUUUAUAAUCCCUGAUUUAAGCAUGACUGUCAGUGAAAGUCGGAAAAAUGUCAGCACAGUUAUUCCUACAACUUUAUUAUUAGAGACAAAUAUGAGUGAACUUCAUCCUUGUGUCAUUUUUGUACGAUGCUUCUUAAAAACACAAACCCAGCUCCAUCAUGAGGAUAACAUGAAUGUAACUUCAGCAGAGGAACAGUCACACUAACAAUCAUUAACUGAGCCUCUGUAUCCACAGAGCAGGACACUUUCAGGAUGAUAAAAUAGUCAAAUCACUGACGUCACUUCACUUUUUGCCUCAAUCAGAUAUUUUUUCUUUAUCUGCAACUUUUAAGUUGUAUUCUUCUGCCUAAAUUGAGCUUAGCAAUGUGGUUUUGAUGUGCAUUGAUAUGUGUAUAUUGAUAAGUGUAUAUUGAACUAUAUGCUUUAUUAAUGGUUAAAAUCAUCACUUACUAAUGUAAUCUGCAAAUUGUGGUUGUCAAGUCUGGAAACAAAAUCUUACUCCAGUAUUUACAAUUUUAAAUACUGGGUGUUAUAUCGUACCCUUUUUUAUUGACUUAUGAACGCAGAUUUGGUAUUAGGUAUUGUGUAAACCCCAUAGCAUCUAUUAAUGGAUUAAUAUAUUCAUAAUGGCAUUGUAUACUAUAUUGAAGCCUAAGUGAAUUUUCACAAACUGGCAACCCAAAAUGUGUUCUUGUUAAGGCCUUGACAUUGGUCUAACAUAAGUAAAUAACUCAUUAUGCAUUAGAAAAGCCACUAUGUAGUAAAUGAUGGCUCAUUGGAAAGUGUCCACACAUUACAACAAGAUGGUCGCAUAGUAGGCUGAUAUAACAAUAGUUUCAGCCGCGCGUCAUCAAUUUUAUAUUCCUAUAAAUGUGUAUAUUACAUAUCUUAAUAUCUUUGAAUGUACUUUUUGAGUGUGGUUUGACGUACCCUAACGUUGGCAUUGUAUGAUUUGUGUCCUACAUCCAGGCUUUCUGUCAUGACCGGUUUUAUUCAAUAAAUAUAUCCUCGCAUGUCUA